AACAAUGUUGUCUCUGACUUCAAUUAGAUACUGUACAGCCGUAGUAGAAGGUCAUGGGUUCACAACAAUGUUGUCUCUGCCUUCAACUAGAUACUGCACAGCCGUAGUAGAAGGUCAUGGGUUCACAACAAUGUUGUCUCUGACUUCAACUAGAUACUGUACAGCCGUAGUAGAAGGUCAUGGGUUCACAACAAUGUUGUCUCUGCCUUCAACUAGAUACUGUACAGCCGUAGUAGAAGGUCAUGGGUUCACAACAAUGUUGUCUCUGCCUUCAACUAGAUACUGUACAGCCGUAGUAGAAGGUCAUGGGUUCACAACAAUGUUGUCUCUGCCUUCAACUAGAUACUGUACAGCCGUAGUAGAAGGUCAUGGGUUCACAACAAUGUUGUCUCUGCCUUCAACUAGAUACUGUACAGCCGUAGUAGAAGGUCAUGGGUUCACAACAAUGUUGUCUCUGCCUUCAACUAGAUACUGUACAGCCGUAGUAGAAGGUCAUGGGUUCACAACAAUGUUGUCUCUGCCUUCAACUAGAUACUGUACAGCCGUAGUAGAAGGUCAUGGGUUCACAACAAUGUUGUCUCUGCCUUCAACUAGAUACUGUACAGCCGUAGUAGAAGGUCAUGGGUUCACAACAAUGUUGUCUCUGCCUUCAACUAGAUACUGUACAGCCGUAGUAGAAGGUCAUGGGUUCACAACAAUGUUGUCUCUGACUUCAAUUAGAUACUGUACAGCCGUAGUAGAAGGUCAUGGGUUCACAACAAUGUUGUCUCUGCCUUCAACUAGAUACUGUACAGCCGUAGUAGAAGGUCAUGGGUUCACAACAAUGUUGUCUCUGCCUUCAGCUAGAUACUGUACAGCCGUAGUAGAAGGUCAUGGGUUCACAACAAUGUUGUCUCUGCCUUCAACUAGAUACUGUACAGCCGUAGUAGAAGGUCAUGGGUUCACAACAAUGUUGUCUCUGCCUUCAACUAGAUACUGUACAGCCGUAGUAGAAGGUCAUGGGUUCACAACAAUGUUGUCUCUGCCUUCAACUAGAUACUGUACAGCCGUAGUAGAAGGUCAUGGGUUCACGACAGUGUUGUCUCUGACUUCAACUAGAUACUGUACAGCCGUAGUAGAAGGUCAUGGGUUCACGACAAUGUUGUCUCUGCCUUCAACUAGAUACUGUACAGCCGUAGUAGAAGGUCAUGGGUUCACAACAAUGUUGUCUCUGCCUUCAACUAGAUACUGUACAGCCGUAGUAGAAGGUCAUGGGUUCACGACAGUGUUGUCUCUGACUUCAACUAGAUACUGUACAGCCGUAGUAGAAGGUCAUGGGUUCACGACAAUGUUGUCUCUGCCUUCAACUAGAUACUGUACAGCCGUAGUAGAAGGUCAUGGGUUCACAACAAUGUUGUCUCUGCCUUCAACUAGAUACUGUACAGCCGUAGUAGAAGGUCAUGGGUUCACAACAAUGUUGUCUCUGCCUUCAACUAGAUACUGUACAGCCGUAGUAGAAGGUCAUGGGUUCACAACAAUGUUGUCUCUGUCUUCAACUAGUUACUGUACAGCCGUAGUAGAAGGUCAUGGGUUCACAACAAUGUUGUCUCUGCCUUCAACUAGAUACUGUACAGCCGUAGUAGAAGGUCAUGGGUUCACGACAAUGUUGUCUCUGCCUUCAACUAGAUACUGUACAGCCGUAGUAGAAGGUCAUGGGUUCACGACAAUGUUGUCUCUGCCUUCAACUAGAUACUGUACAGCCGUAGUAGAAGGUCAUGGGUUCACGACAAUGUUGUCUCUGCCUUCAACUAGAUACUGUACAGCCGUAGUAGAAGGUCAUGGGUUCACAACAAUGUUGUCUCUGACUUCAAUUAGAUACUGUACAGCCGUAGUAGAAGGUCAUGGGUUUACGAUGGUGUCCUAUAGUUGAAAGUAAGUCAAACCUUUGUUAUAAUGGUUGUUGGAAUAAAUAUCCUCAGUACAAUGGUUAAAACCUCCAUAUGAAUACCAGGGGUAAAAGUUAACGGUUAAGGUCUUCACUGGUCUAAAAUAGUUGGACCCGUUCGUUCCUGAAAUAAAUCUGUGUCUUUCCCACCUGAUCCCGAUAUGCAUAAAUACAUUAUUUAUUUAUCUUUAAAUGGAGACGCGUUUCCGAAUGGACCUUGAGACCCGUUCCGUAAAGGCCUGUGGAAAAACAGAACCAAACAGACCGGUUCAGACCAGUUCAGACCAGUUCAGACCUGUUCAGACCGGUUCAGACCAGUUCAGACCAGUUCAGACCAGUUCAGACCGGUUCAGACCAGUUCAGACCAGUUCAGACCGGUUCAGACCAGUUCAGACCAGUUCAGACCGGUUCAGACCGGUUCAGACCAGUUCAGACCGGUUCAGACCAGUUCAGACCAGUUCAGACCGGUUCAGAUCUGAGAGUAGAAAGAGGGAGAGAAAGUCACCUCCGACUGGGUCCUGCCAGCACCAUCGAUAUAGGAACACCAUUGGCCAAAUGGUCCACAGUUACUCGUCCUUAAAAACAUCAAACACAGCAUUACAGUCUAAACUUCAUUUGGCCCAAAGAAGAAAAUAACUCAACAGAAUGAAACAAAAACAUUUGUUGCAUAUUUUAAUAAAGAACUUGUUUAAAAAACGGUUCCUAGAUUCUUAAAUAGGCAUAAAAUAGUAAUAAUGAUAUACAAUAAUAAUAAUAAUGAUUAAAACAAAUUAUAAUAAAUACUAUUGCGUCAAACCUCCAAACACAAGCUGCACACGUUCAUUGGCCACCGUUCAUUGGCCACCGUUCAUUGGCCACCGUUCAUUGGCCAUCGUUCAUUGGCCACCGUUCAUUGGCCAACGUUCAUUGGCCAACGUUCAUCUCGUUUGUCCACCACCAUAUUAAAACGUUUGUCCCCGAGGACAUUCCGCUUGUCGGCUUCUUUUCACUGUCCUCUUUCUUCUCUAAUUGAUGUUUUACGUCAAUGAAAAAGGCCUCCAUCUUCCCAGUCAACAGUAGCCUAGGUCAAGACUCCUUUCACUCUCUCUCCUCAGCAGCAGCUGUACGUGAGGUGAGCAGCCAGAACCGCUUUCAGCAGGACACAUAAGCUAUACGUUUUAUUGAGUUGGCUGACACAGAUAACAAGCUCACGCAGUUCUCACCACGUCACGCACAUUAAAUUAAAUGAACAGACGACGGGUCUGGUCGGUAAAUACCAUUUUUAUUUUUUACACAUACCCGAGACCCUUGGCAAUUAUAUCAGACCCAACCCAGAUCUGAGACAAAAGUCAGAUUUUUAGGACCCGAAUUUGGAGUCUGUUGGACCCAUGAAGACUUCUUGGUGACAGUGCCCUUAAUCGUGGUAGGACGGCAUUCCAUUUAGGCUCCUUCCACUAAAACCAAAUGGCAUCCAGGUUUUCUUCAUUCUGGUAUUCUAGAACCGAGUACUGUGUUCACUAUGUCUGUUCUCUCUUCUAUUUGAUAACAUGGUCCUGUUCUAUUCUCCUGUCCUGUCCUGUUCUAUUCUCCUGUCCUGUUCUAAUCUCCUGUCCUGUUCUAUUCUCUGUCCUGUUCUAUUCUCCUGUC